GGACACACGUUUUACUUACAGAUAAGAAUUUUCAAGACUUAGAUACAGAGGAAAACGGGAAAAAAAAUCUUUGUUACAAUAGAAAUAGCCUCAACUGAUUUUUGAUCAUCUCAUCUAAAAAUGGAAAUAUGUGUAAAACAGUUAGGCAUAGAAGUCAGAGGGGUCCGUCUAACAGACCCGACAAUAUCUUCAGACAAAAUGGUUGAACAAAUCAAAAAGUUAGUUACAAAACAUCGCAUCUUGAUUUUCAGAGACCAGGGUGAGGUGAGCGGAGACAAGCAUGCAGAAAUUUCCCGAUGGUUCGGAAUCAUUGGUGGAACAUUGUCCAAGGAUGAUCCACUUUAUUCCCAUCCCAAAUGCCCUUAUCCGGAUGUGUAUAGAAUUUCGAAUGACCCUGAAGAAGGUUGUAUUAAUGUUGGACGUUCCGGUUGGCAUAUUGAUGGUAGUUACUUACACGAGCCUUUCGGAUACGCUUUGUACCAUAUAAUUGCUGUACCAAAGACAGGCCCUACAGAAUUUAUUGGUUUUAAAGAACUGAUUAACAGCAUUUCUGAAGAGACGAGAGCAAGAUGGGAGCGUCUAUGGAUGGUUGCUGACAAGGGAGAAAACCUUGCUCAGCCGUUAAUUUAUUCUCAUCCAGUAACUGGAGAAUCCGUAAUGUGUAUUCAUCUGGGCAUGACAAAGGCUUUUAUUUGGGACAAAGACACACCCAAUGAGAAAAAAACUAAUUCGGAUGAGACAAAUGAAUUAUUAAAAGAAAUCAGAUCAGAGAUUGAAAAGGACGAAAGAAGAUUAAUAUAUUCGCAUGAGUGGAAAGAUGGAGAUUUUCUAAUAAGCGAUAAUCUUGCUGUGGGCCAUUACGCCAGCAAUAGUUCUGCAAGGGCUAGGUCAGAGAUAGGAUUACGGAUUCUUCAUCGUACAACCGUUAAAGGAAUCAGUAGACCGACAAAGAUGAUUUUAAAAUGAAGCAAGGCGUGUGUUUUGGUGACAUAUAUUUACUUUUACGGAAGACUAGGGGUUAUUUAAUUGUGAGGGACUUGUUUAUU